UUCCAAAACUUUUGACCUCUCGUCAACUCUCGACAAUAAGGGCAAAGAAUCCCGAGAUCCACGACUGCCAUCCUUGUUAGUCGCAAACGCUUGAACGCUUCUUCCACACCUUCAAUCCCGCUUCGCCCAUUCUCCAGACCUCCACGACUCCACGCCAACCGCAUUCCGGGAUGGCCAGAAUCGAUGCAAUGUGACGGCGCCCUUGCGUCUCUGCCAAUCUUGGGUUCUUUUCUGCGGCAAAGCUUAAUCGCUUGUCCCCCGGUCCACCCCUCCACGACCCUACGAGACCUUCUAGCCCCGCCGCCUUCAUCAUGGGAUUUGCAGACUAUUUUUGAUUAUUCCCUCUUUUGGCACUUGGCUGCCACGCAGACCUCGACGCCCCCUGCCAACGCCAACCAACGCCAUUCCCGCUCAAUGCAGGACAUCUCCAUCCCCGCGGAUUCCUCUCCUCUUUUCAGUAAUGGCUUCCUACUGAUUGGAUAUAGAACACUUGCCGGAGGGGGACAUCCCAGUGGUCCCUUGCCCAGACCUUACCAGACCUCUCCCCUCAUCGUCACCCGGUGUCCGUCCCGGCCUUCUCCCGAGAUUCUUGGCUUCGGAGCCUUCGAUUCGCCCAAAACGAACACAUCUGACAUCAAUCUUCGUCACAGCUUCGGGGCCUCCUUCCCAAUGUCGUCCCUGACGGUAAUCCAGGGCGAGCUUGGCCAAGACCUGCUGGCUUCCCCACGCCUCCCAAACAACCCCGCGGGAUCUGGAUGGUCCCUACGUGUUCCAAUGUGCCACGGCAGCUGUCAGUUUCAAGCUCAGACCAGCCGGCAUUACACGACGAUGCUCAUCUAUUCGUAUAUGGGCGCCAUGUGGAUGGAACGCCGUGUGCGUCGUGUGCGGGGAGCCCGUGAGCAUCACCAUCUUUGAAAUCAGACACUCUCGAGAUCAGGUUGGCCAGCGAUAACCCGCGGACAAUGAGGGACCAAGGAGAUGGAAUCGCGAAAUAUGUCCGAUUGCUUUCAGCCUGCAUCGCAUGCUAUACUACUGUUCCAGCCAGCCAAGCCAGGCCAGCCAAUUCCUGCCGCUACAAACACGGCAUCAUCACGCUCCUACACUAUCGAGUCGGGUAUCCACAGAUUGUAAACCAAGCGAAAUCCAAGUCCGGGGGACGUAUCCAGUCCUGUCCGGUUCAGUUCAGUCCAGCCCCAUGCACCAAGUCUAUCGUGAUCCAUUCCAAUCCUAGU